AUGGCUACUUCAUCUACACCACUUCCAUCAACGACAUCUACCUUUCAAUUCCCUUCCACCUACUCUUUCCCCCCCUUCUUCACCCCUCAACCCAACAGUUCAACGCGUCUCUCUCAGCUCCGAAAAUGGUCCUCACUAAUCCAAUCCUGGUGUCGCCAUCAUCGUAUCUACCGUCUCUCCCUGAUCGAGGCAAUCGAAAGUCCCCUUUUCAACAACGCUGCGCUCCGGAAACGGUUGAGUCUAAGUGAUGCGCGGACGGUGCUCGACUGGAUGGCCGAAGGAGAGGAAGAUACCGGUGGAGGCAAGAGAGCCGAAUGGGUUGAUGUCGGGAAUAAAACAGUCGCUUGGAUCUGGUGGAGGAGGCCGGAAGAAUGGGCGGGGGUUCUGGCGGAUUGGGUUGAAGGUACAGGUCAGAAGAAUAUGGUGCUUACAGUCUAUGAGUUGCUGGAGGGAGAAGCAACAGCCUCUCAAGAAUGGCAUGGCAUGGACCCCGAAGUGAUGUUCAAGUCUCUCAACGUCCUGGUUAAAAGAGGCAAGGCUCAGGUUUUUGGCAGUGAAGGUCAAGAAGGUGUCAAGUUCUUCUGA